AUGCUACUUCAUCUCAUCAAGAGACUAUUGUUUCACAAAAACUUUGUUUCACAAUUUUCAGCCCCAUUUCGUGCAGAACUACCCACCCCACCCCUACCCCCUACCUACCCACCCACCCCCACUCCACCCUCUCCUGUAGAUACAAACUCCAGUGUUGCACAUCUCUCAAGUGGUGAAUCAGAAUUGGAGUCUUCAGAUGAGGAAUCCAUAGUGGGUCCCGCUGUUGACAAAGAUGUAGCACAUGAAGUUGUUGGAUUGAGAGCUGCAACUUUAGGUCACUCUCUCUGGGAAUCAGCAACCUGUACGCACAGAAAUUACAGAGGCUGCAAUGGAAAGGGUUCAGAAAAACUGUCACUUCUGAUUACAGAAGCAUAUAGAGAUGCCCAUCAAAAGAGUGUCCAGGCCAUGAAAGCACGAAUGGGCGAUCUUGCACAGAGCUUAGGAAUGCCCCAAGUUUUAGAGGUAUAUAGAGUUUCAGAUACGGAACUUGUGAGUGUGCUUCCGAGUGCAGAAGAUGAGGUCAAUGUAGCUUGCUUUCAUCCUCUUGCUGGAAGUGGUCUUGUUUAUGCAACCAAGGAAGGCAAACUUAGAAUCCUUCAGCAUGAUGGUGGUCAUGCGCCCAGACCUGAUCACUUUUUUGAAGCAAGAGCAGUUGAGGAUGAUUCAGACAUUCGAAUGGUAGUGGAUGCAUGUUGUCCCCAUGAUAUAAGAGAAGAGACAGAUCUAGAAUAUUUCUACAGGCAUAUUCCUCUGAAUCGGAUCAAUGGUGAUGCACACUGUUCUUUUCCUUCUUUUUUUGCUGCAUAUGAAGACAUCAAGGAAGGAGAUUUAAGCUCAACAACUUUUAUUGAAUGCUAA